CCCCGGGCGCAUGCGCGGCCCGAGCCGCCCUGCCCUGGGUCCCGACAUGGCGGAGUACUCCUGCGUUAAGUCCACCAAGCUCGUCCUCAAAGGGGCGAAGGAGAAGAGCAAGAAGAAGCACAAGGAGAAGAAAAGGAAAAGGGAGGAGGAUGCGGAAGAGCAGCUUGAUAUCGUCGGAAACUGGUGGGCUGUCAGUAAUUUCGGUGAAAUUACAGGGACUAUAGCGAUAGAAAUGGAUAAAGGAGCUUACAUCCAUGCCCUUGAUAAUGGCUUGUUUACACUUGGAGCACCGCAUAAAGGUGAUGAAGGCCCUAGUCCUCCUGAACAGUUUACAGCAGUGAAGUUGUCUGAUACAAGGAUUGCUCUGAAGUCUGGUUAUGGCAAAUACCUUGGUAUAAAUUCAGAUGGACUUGUUGUCGGACGUUCAGAUGCUAUAGGAUCAAGAGAGCAAUGGGAACCUGUCUUUCAAGAUAAGAAGAUGGCGUUGCUAGCAGCAAACAGCCGUUUUAUCAGAUGUAAUGAAGAGGGAGAUAUAGAAGCCAAAAGCAAAACAGCAGGGGAAGAAGAAAUGAUAAAGAUUCGAACUUGUGCUGAAAGAGAAGCUAAGAAGAAGGAUGACAUCCCACAAGAAGAUAAAGGAAAUGUUAAACAGUGUGAAAUCAAUUACGUAAAGAAAUUCCAAAGUUUUCAAGACAAAAAGCUCAAAAUAAGCAAAGAAGAUACGAAAGCCCUCAGAAAAGCCAGAAAAGAAGGCACUUUUCACGAAACACUGCUCGACAGGCGAGCAAAAGUGAAAGCGGAUAGAUACUGCAAGUGACAACCAGCUGGGCCGUUUUCCUCUGCAUCUUUGAUUAUGUGGUCAAAUUGAAAACACAAGUAAAAUGUUUUAUAAUUACUUUUUAUGAAAGGCAUUUUGCUGAUGUUUUUAUUAUAUUAUUUUUAAAGGACUGCCUGAGAGCUAUAAUUAGGCAUUGAACUAGUGUCACCUUCUAGUAAUGAAUAGUGAGAUAAUUAUUUAACAAAAGACAAAUUGUUUCAUCCACUGAAUCUUCUGAGGUUGAUGAAAGGAACCUGAACUUACAGUGAUUAAAGGGCAGAUUAGAAUGGUGAUAAAGCUCGAAAGGAAAAUAUUGUUAGCCCAUUGAACUAUUAAGAAAUAUGUAACUCUCUUCAACAAGCAUGAAGAAAUAAUUGCAAAUGGAUGUCUUAGAAUACAUCGUAUCAGAAACUGAGUAGGAUGUCUGUGGAGCCUUUCUGCACUGUAUCAGGUAGGGGCCAGAAUAUUCAGUCUUGUUUAAACAGUGUUCAAAACAGACCUACUGUCUGAUGGAUAAAUGACGUAAUCCAUAUGGUGGAAGUGUGAACAAGUCACAAGAACGCCGUUACAAAUGGAAAUGCGGGUGUCUCAUAAGAAAAGGGAAUGACUGGCUUGUGUUAGCAGGCUGCUCAUUUUACGAGAGGGGAAGACAUUUCAAUCAAACUUGCUGGUUUCUUUAGGGUAUGGACUUCAAUUUAAAAAAACAAAACAGCUUUUUUUAAGGUCAUAGUGUAAUACAUGUUCCUAGUAUCUUGUAUAAAAUACGUUUUUCCGUGUCUGUUCUGAUUACCAAGUUUUUCAAUAAAAACAUCUCCAUAGGAACUACC